AUGACCAAACUUUCAAAUUGUGUAUUAAAAGAGUUUUUUAAUCAAAAAAAUGAUGGUAUGAUUUAUAAAAAAGGGAAAAGACAAUUUGAACAAUCUCAUCAAGAAAAUGAACAAGAAAUAACAAAUACAACUUUAACAACUUCUUCUUCUUUGACUUCUUCAACCAGCACCACCAGCACCACCAGCACCACAACAACUACAACGACAACAACUUCAUCAAGCUCAACAACACCAUCCACUACACCUACACCCUCCUCACCGCCAUUAGUAAAUACACACAAUACAAAUAAUAUAAAUACUAGUUCAAGUUUGAGUAGUACUAAUACAACUCCUCCUCCACAACCUGCACCAGCAAAGAAAAAAGGUAGACCACCAGGGAUAAAGCCAGAGAAAUGUGAAUCUUGUGGUAUAACAAACACAACAGAAUGGCGGAAAGGUGAAAAAGGAAUAUCAUUAUGUAAUGCAUGUGGCUUAAAGUAUAUAAAGCAAAAAAAGAAAGAGAGACUCUCGAAAGCAAAUCACAGUUUAGAUAGAUUAUUAAAUCCAACAGAACAUUUACCAAUACUACCAAUACUACCACUUAAUAAUAAUAAUAUAAAUAAUAAUAAUAAUAAUAAUAACAACAAUAAUAAUAAUAAUAAUAAUACCUAUAACAAUAACUUUAAUAAUAAUAAUAAUAAUAAUAAUAAUAAUAAUAAUAAUAAUAAUAAUAAUAAUAAUAAUAACAACUACAAUAACUAUAGUAUAUAUUAUGAUUAUGAUGACUAUGAUGAUAGUGACGAUAAUUAUGAUAGCGCAGAAGAUGACAGCACGAAAAAACGAAGUAAUUAA